AUGUCGAGUUACCACGAACCUGUGCGGAGAGUGCUCUCAGAAAUCAGCAAAUUUCUGAAGGUAACAUUGCAGACGGAAAAUCUGAGCACAGGAGCUGAAAAAGAAAGGAAGACAAUUCUGAAGCUCCUGCAGGCACUGUUUGCUGACUAUGAUAGCCUUGCUCCAGGGUCAGGUGACGAGGGAAGUGUGUCGAGUUCCAAGGAUGUCUUGAAUGGCUCACUGGAUGAAUCCAGGAGCACGCUGGAUAGUCAUGGGAGUGAAGAGGACAGCUACUCUGACAACAUUGCAGACACGACAGUUAAAGCUCUGUCUAAUCCCACUAAGAUGGGAUUCCUUGAAAAGAAACAAGAAAAGAUCUUCACCCUCUGGCAGAAACGUUACUGUGUUCUUCAUAAGAAUGUCUUUUAUAUAUUCAAGAAACUGGAUAAGAAACAGCAAGGAGCCUUUAUUGUAACAGGUUAUGAGUUCAGAGAAGCCCCCUAUCUUGCUAAAGAUGAAAGGAAGAGAGAGCUUUACUUUGAGCUGGUGUGUCCAGCCAAGAAGACUUACCAGAUGGUGAUAUUUAUGAGGAGUUCGGUGAGACUGGAGAUAAAACCAAAAGUCAACAAACUGCAGCUCCGACUGAUGAGAUUUAUAACGAAGCUGCUUCUGAAAAAACACCAGCCAAACAGCCUCAAGUAA